AUGGCAUCCGUAAAGUUCGCUAUUGUUGAUGUGAACGAUUUUCUAUCAAAAAAACAAGCAGCAGAUCCAGAAUUAGCUGCAGAUUGGGCAAAAUUGGAAGAGCUUUAUAAUAAAAAAUUAUGGCAUCAAGUUACUUUAAAACUGCAAGAUUUCGUAAAUUACCCCUCUCUACAAUCUGGCGACAAUUUGAUACAACUGUACAACAACUUUAUUACGGUAUUCGAAAAUAAGAUUAACCCAUUGUCUCUAGUAGAAAUUGUUGCUCAUAUUGUGCAGCAAUUCAAAGAUAAAAAAGAGGCAAUUGCCUUUUUAGAGAAGAUAGAGAAAAAGGUUCACAUUAAUGAUGAGGCAGUAUGUCUUUGCAAGGUUUUACAGGGACAGAUACAUCUAGAACAGCUUAAUGACUUGGAUGCCACGGAGAAAAUCAUAGAGUAUUUAGAGCAAACUUUAGAGGAUGCGGAGGGGGUCACACCAGUACAUGGCAGGUUCUAUAAGUUGGCUUCUGAAUACUAUAGGGUGCGCGGCCCGAUGGACAGCUACUACCGGGCGGCGCUGCGCUAUGUGGGGUGCGCGGGCGGGGGCGCCGAGCUGCCCGUGGCGGAGCGCCGGGCCUGCGCCCUCCGGCUCGCGCUGGCCGGCGUCAUCGCGCCCACCGUCUACGACCUCGGCGAGCUGCUGGCUCAUCCCAUCCUGGAGUCACUGGAGGGCACACCCGAUGCGUGGGCCUGCGAGCUGGUCAAGGCUGUAGCCGCCGGAGACAUCGUCGCCUUCGAGAAGAUUCGCGCACAGGCCCCACACCCAGAGCUGCACAAAGCCGAUCGCCAGUUGCGCCAGAAAAUUGCUAUCUUGUGCCUAAUGGAGAUGGCGUUCAACCGCAGCUCGACGCAGCGCAAGCUGAGCUUCGCGGAGAUCGCGCGCGAGGCCAGGGUGCCCAGGGACGAGGUGGAGCUGCUCGUCAUGAAGGCCCUCGCAGAGAAGCUCAUCCGUGGACACAUCGACCAGGUGAGCGAGAGCGUGCGCGUGCGCUGGGUGCGGCCGCGCGCGCUGGGCCGAGCGGGCGCGGCGGCGCUGGCGCAGCGGCUCGACGCCUGGUGCCGCGCCGUGGCCGGCGCCUCGCUGCUGCUCUCGCGCAACGCGCCCGACCUGCUCACGCUC